AUGACUUUGGCUUACACAAAGGUUCAAAAACCACCUGUCGUAGUUUCAGUUGAUUCGGCAAGUCAGGGAGAAUUUCAAGUUUCGGGUUAUUUCGAAAAGGAGAUAGAAAGUUUGGACUUAUCUUGGAAAACAGAUUGGUCAAACAGUACUUGGAACCUUACAUUUCAAUUCGCCAAGUCUGAAAAUAGUUACAACCUCAGUGAAAUUAGCUUACUUUAUGAACUGGAUGAUUUGCCGGGUUUAAGAUAUGCAUCAAAUAACCGUUCGCUAUUUUCCGUUACAAUCGGUUCAUACUAUUCUUGUCAAGCUGAACAGAACAUAGUUUUAAAUCAUUCCACACCGAAUCCUGUAACUGUUAAACUAACUUUGUCUCAGUUGAGAGUUCAAGCAUUCAGACAUGGUUUAGAGCCUGAAUUUAAUGGUAUCAUGGUUCAGUGCUUACUCGACUAUCAUUUAGAUAGAGUUGUUCCAAUUGUCAUUGGUAUAUCGUUAGCGGUAAUGAUUAUCGUUGCGCUGAUCGCAUUCAUUAUCACAAGUCGGCGUAAUCGCAAUAUCAGUGGAAGCAGUGGCAGUGGUGGCUACCAACAAAUCUGA